UUGGGCGGCCACCGGAGAAUUUCUCGGUGCUGGUUGCCGUUUUCGCCGCUGUUCAGCCCGCGGAUCAGUGGAAACAACUGUGAUACCAGAGGACAGAUUCACCGUGCGACAAUGCAGACAAUUAAGUGUGUAGUCGUUGGAGAUGGUGCUGUGGGUAAAACUUGCCUUUUGAUUUCAUACACCACAAACAAGUUCCCUUCAGAGUAUGUACCGACAGUGUUUGAUAACUAUGCCGUAACUGUAAUGAUCGGCGGUGAACCUUACACUCUUGGAUUAUUUGACACUGCAGGUCAGGAAGAUUAUGAUCGGUUGCGUCCCCUGAGCUAUCCCCAAACCGAUGUCUUCUUAGUUUGUUUCUCUGUAGUUUCACCCUCGUCCUUUGAAAAUGUCAAAGAAAAAUGGGUGCCUGAAAUUACCCAUCAUUGUCCAAAGACCCCAUUCUUAUUGGUCGGAACGCAGAUUGACCUUAGAGACGAUCCCUCAACUACUGAAAAGCUUGCCAAGAACAAGCAGAAGCCCAUCACUCCCGAAACAGCAGAGAAACUAGCCAGGGACCUGAAAGCAGUGAAAUAUGUGGAAUGUUCAGCUUUAACACAGAAAGGGCUGAAGAAUGUAUUUGAUGAGGCCAUCCUAGCUGCCCUGGAGCCCCCAGAGCCUAAGAAGAAGCGUAAAUGUGUUCUUUUAUGAGUUCAGCCUUUACGUAGGUCCUUUCAGGCAUAAAUCAUCAUGAUGUAUGGUUAUGGAAAAUGGAAACUAAACAUAACAACCAGUUUUGAUUCUGAACCACUUUUGGUUCUUAAUCUGAAACAUUUAUCAGGAAGUGAAUUGAACUAUUUCAAAUACCAUUUUUCUUUUUUUCAUAUUUGCCUUGAAAUAUUAUGCCACCUCGAUGGAGCAAAGUGGAUAUGUGUAAUGAGUGUAAGAUAUUACUUGGCAAAAAACUUUCUGUGGUCAGUUAAGAUUAUCUUGAUUUGUCAAAUGUGUCAUAAUUGUACUCUUCUGACAUGGAGGUGAUAUAGUGCGUAAAGCUAAAGAGUGCUUUUCAGUUCAGCUAUUUAUUUGUGGUGAAUUCUGACAAUAUUGAGAUCAAAUAUCCUAUGAUAACCUGUUGGAUAUUUUUCAUGCAUUUCUGGGAUGGCAGCAAUAAUUAUGGUGUUUAUUUCAUACAAAUUAACCAAUUAAAUUAAUUGAAAUACUUUUCAAGGUCUCCACAAAAACUGGGAACUAGUAAGUGUUACCGUGUCUGAUCAGAUGGGCUCAGGCUUUAAUGUAUCAGCAUACAGACCUUUUAAGUUACAGGUAACCUAGAACAACUCAAGAACUGUAAUAGAGAAAUUUUUUUUCUGAAAGUGGGCCUAAAGUUAAAAAUAUAUGAAGGCAGUCAAUCACUUCUGCUAAAAUGAAUUCAUAAAGGAUUUUUAGUUUGUGAUUGGGGUUUUUAUUUUUUUUAUCUAUUUAUUUUGGCUUAAAUUUAAGAAAAAUGGAUGGAAGUUCCCGUUCCAUACCCUGUCUGUAAAUUAGAACGGGUCAUUUUUCACAUUUUCUGUUCAUUUGGACCGGUCAGUCUUGAUCUUCUUUGAACGACCUUCAGUUGUUUUUUUUUUUAUUAUUUAUUCAUAUCUAUUUGUCAUUACUCUCUUGAUGAACUUAUAAUUGCGUUCAAAAGAAUGAUGUAAAGUUGAUCCCUUGCCAUUCAACAAUUCAAACGCAACACCCAUGUUUCUUUUUUUAAUAUAUAUUUUUAUAUUGAAUGUUUCAUUACAGAAGAGUUAUUACAUGUGAAUAUUACAUAGAAAUAAACAUUUCCAGCAUUUCAAA